AUGCAUCACCAAACAGGCGGCAACGGCAACAGCGAGAAACCGAGCGCAAGCCCGAGCCCGGUUGUAUACAAGAAAGGUGCAUGGAGCAAGGACGAGGACGACAAGCUAAUCAAGGCAGUCGAGCUAUACGGCGUCCGUAAUUGGGUGGCCGUAGAGAAAUACUCCGGCCUCCCCCGCCCGGCCAAGAACUGCCGCCUCCGGUGGCUCAAUUACCUCCGGCCAAAUUUGAAGAAACACUCCUUCACCCCGGAUGAAGAGGACCUCAUUGUCAAAUUGCACGCCAAACACGGCAACAGCUGGUCGCGCAUCGCAGCCAAGCUUCCUGGGCGAUCAGACAAUGAGAUCAAGAACUUCUGGCAUAAGAGAGCUAAGAAAUGCCGGAAACUUAACCUUCCCAUAUACCCUCCCAACAUCCUGAGCUGUGCCAAUGUCGACAACAACGUUGUUGCCACAAACGAUUCCAGCAAUGCAGUUCCUUCCACAAUGACGAAUUCUCAUUCAAACCAUUUGACUCCGAUUCUUGGUGGGCCGAGGCGAUUCUCCAGAGCCGAUGAUUAUCUAUGUUCGGCUGGUUGUUCCGUGAUGGGGUCAGGACAUUCGGCUGCAAUUGCAUCGAAACUCAAUUUACCAUCAAGAGCUCGUCUGAGUGCACAAAUGACUGAUGCAGCUUUGUCGACGGCAUUAAUGCCUUCAGAUUUCCAAUCAAAUGUCCCAUUCUCCAACCCGGCAAUUGCUCCACUCUCUUUCACAGAGAUGAAGCGAUCAUCUUCGGAAUCUUUCUUCCGGCCAAAUGCGCUGAUAUCCAACUCAACGAUUCGGUUGAAUACAUCGGAUGAUUCAGUUCAAUCUUCACUGGCAGGGAUGAAGAGAUCGGCUUCAGAAUAUUGCUUCCCGUCAAAUGCACUAAUCUCAAACUCAAGAACUCAGUUCGAUUCAGCACAGUCGAGCUGGUCAUCUUCUAUCAAGGAUUCGACAGCAGUUCAACCAAUCGAUCUUGAUAUUAAUCACGCCAACCCUCCAAAUGCCGCUGCACUUGACAUUGAAUCCGACAGCACAUUAAUGAAUGAACUCAUGGAAGCUGAAGCAAGAGUAAGGUUUCUAACAAAAAGGUUGCAGAUGCGAAGGCUGGCAGAUUAUUCGACAAAACAAAGUUCCUUCAACAGAUAUUCAGAGGAAAGUGACGAAAUAAAAACAGAAAAUCUCGUCGACAACCUUAUGGGCAAAAUAAGCACAGUAAACGAAUCCUUAUCAUGCAGGAGAAACUCAAGAACGACAAAUUCCGAUCACAACAUGUUAAGAGCAAAUGCACCCCCCAAGAACUUGAUCACGAAAGAUAUGCAUAAGAAAGCCACAGCACAAAAUGAUGCAAUUCAAAUGUCAAAAUUCACAAGCUCACAAGAUGUGCCCAAGCUCCAAACUAUAGAUGAUUCCAAGGGCGUCGAUUACACACAUGAAAACAUGGAGGCACAGCAGAAGAGAGACAGUAAAAAUUCUGAAAAUUCAGAUUUCCGGGUUGUUAAACCAUGCCCGUCUCAAUUCCCUGAUGGUAAAUACACAGAAGCAUGCUCAACAACAGGAGGUUUAUCCAAUCAAUAUUCGAAUUCAUUGCAGGAAAUUCUCUGGGAAGGGGAUGUGUUCGGUCAAGGAGCAAGGAUUGAAUACCUGUCAUCCUCGGAGAGAUAUCCCCUUCUUGUAGGUGCAUUUGGUCUGGUCUACAGCCAAAGUACUGCACCCAUGGUAGAAAAAUCCAGUAAUGGAAGUAGUCAAAUGACCUAUUUUCAGCAUGAUGGGGUGAACUACAGGAAUAUCAGUGCACCAGAAUUUUCCAAUGUGAUCGAAAGGAAACUUACAGAAAGUAGUUUCAUGAACAACAACCUGAUGGAAACAUCAAAUCCCGGAAAUUUACAGCAACAAUAUCCUGCAGCUAAUUGGGAAGAAUACAGUCAUACAGGAACCAAGCGAUAUAUAGCAGGUGAAGAGUUCACUGUUCAAACCUUUCAAGAAGAAACUUCACCCCAGCCGUUGAGACACUGGGGAUCAAGCUUGCUGUUUAACGAAUGCUGUGAAGCCCGGAAGCUAGAUUCCAGCAGUACAGAAAGUAAGCAUAUCUUGGAACAAGAACCUCCGGGAGGUCAACAAGUUUCCCUUCAAACUCCUGAUAGUAGAAAAUUGGUAGAGACGUCACAGCUUUUCAACUACACUUUAUCACCACAUCAACAACACGGUGCAGCCAACCGCGCAGAGUCGCAGUAUUUGGUGGGUGGUUUGGAACACGAAUAUACCGCAGGCGAACAAAAUAGCACCCAGACCCCUGAUGGAGGCAUAGAGACAACAGGAUAUCCAUCAGGAGAAACCUGUAAACAAGAGGUUGUUUUGUUGAUAGAGAACUUUUGGCCCGAAACACAAGUGGGAUACCUCCAGCCACAACGAACAAACACAUCCGAGUCAGCUUUCAAUCCAGUCUUGAUGUCCCAAUCAUUGGAAUCCAAUGAUUGGGACAGAGUCUCAGGGAAUGGGAAUGCAGGAAACAAAUGGAAGCAAAAUCAGGAACAUGACCACACGAUCAUGAUGCCUGAAGAACUAUCCAGUCUGCUAGAAUGGAGUAACAACUGCGUCGAGAUUCCUGAUAUAGAAGCUUAUAGUGAACUUGACAUGGGCCAGGGUACACUCCAAAUGUCACCCCCAUCCCAGCCAUUAUUGACUGUUACAGAUUAUCUUUAACCUUUUCUUCUAGAACUGAUACUUUUUUCUUUUUUUCUUUUUUUCAGUAAGGCAUCAAGAAAACAAGAUUAGAUAAAUAUAUAUAUAUACAUAUACAUGUACCACGAUUUUGACGAUUUUGGGGAAGUUAGUACCAUCAGUAGUGUGAGUUGUAUCAUUGAGGACUUGAAUACAUUAAUAAUUCUGUAGUUUAUUUUCUAUGUUGUUUCUAUAAUUUUCAUG